AUGGUCGUCCACUCCCCACCGUCACACAACGACCCUUCUACCCCGCCACUCGCAAUGCACGCCCCGCGCCCCCUCGCCUCCCAGAAGAUUGAUCGCGGCCUCAACAAUGCUCAAGAUCAUCUCGCCCUUCCCUCUCCCAGUCCUUCCGAUGUCGUCAAGUCUCCCACUGGCAUCAUACAUGUUCUCGCGUACACACCUACAGAGGGGGAGCGUGGUGUUCCCAUCACCGUCCGUAUUCACUUUCAUCCUGACCUCGCCGACGCCAUGUAUGUUCGCCUCGUUGUCGGUCAAAAAGCCGUCGCCACCAAAGUUCGCGAGUUGCCUGGUGUCGACUAUGGUGACGUUUCACCGCUCUUAAACUCCCUUCAUUUUUCAUUCUUGGUCUCAGAUCAUCCCAUGCGCAAGUUACCCAGAUUGCAAAUCCCAACAAGUAACACCUCCCUCCGCCGCCGCUCUCUACCCAAUCUCUCCACUCCUUCACCUACCACUUCCGAUCACCAGGAACAGUUUCCAAAGGUUCCACAGCGCAGGCAAGCUUCGAUGUCCGGCGAUCAUGACCAGGAUGAUCUCUAUGCUCAAACCCCCAUUCUCGACCUUGCCACUCCUUUAGCGAAUAUAUGCGCUGGAUGGUCAGCUGCAGAGCUCCAGGCAGGCCGACGUCUUGUCCGGUUUUCAAAGGUUCAGGACGGUCGUAGACUCAUCGUCUCUUGUGAACCGAUCAGGCAGGAAGAUUAUUGCGAGGCCGACAGCGUCAUCUCCUGCAUCUAUCGCGAGGAAGCGGACACCUGUUUUGUCACCUCUGUCGACGUAAUUUAUCUUCUGGAGAGGCUUACCAAUGGGGAAUUUCCGGUCGAGGAAAAAAAUAGGAUUAGGCGCAAUCUCGAGGGCUUACGUCCAACCACAGUCUCGAAACAUAAGGCUGGAUUUGGCGAUUUUUUCCAGCGUAUCAUGGAGUUUCCAGAUCCUAAACCGAGGAACAUAGAGAAGGAUCUGAAAGUUUUCGAAUGGAACCUUCUUGGGCAAGCAUUGGAAAAGAUCCUUUCCAAAUAUUCGAUAUACACUUCCCCGACACCCGAUCAUAGUGAUUCGCCCACUGAGGAGGUUUCUUCUCUAGAAAGCCCCGAGCUUCUCGCCUUGCAACUUGCUUAUCCAGCAGAAGACACUAGCCCACGUCAAUAUGUCGACCAACGUACGCGAGCUACAAAGUUCGAGCCCACGUCCGAUGACUUUCACUUCGCGUCAACAUCAAGCGGGCCCGAGGUUUUUGCUUCCCCCAUUGAGAGCCCGGCGACUGCAUCCCCGUCUUCCUCUUCGUCUUCUGCCUUCCCAGUCUUCGCUCAUGAUACAACACACACGGAGUCUAAUGCCACCUCCGCCUGGACGCCAGACUUCAAGGCUGGCGAGAUGGCAGUGGACAACUUUAGUCUCUUGAAUCCUUAUGACGUUGGCCAUCCUGGUCCUGACAACGCCUUCUCUGACAACACAGGGAUGGACUUCAACAUUUACGAAAAUUUUACUUUUCACCAUAUUGCCGAUGACACAUUGGCCACCCUCGCAGACCACCAGUACAUGUGA